ACACUUGCUCAGUUUGUUCUAUUGUUUAGCGUCGUUCGCGUCUGUGUUGCACGCCAAUUAAAUAACAAUUGCAGAGCAUAUCUAAGGAAAGACGUCUUUAUAGCAAUUUGUGUGUGAAAGUACACCUUUUUUUUCAAUUAAAAUUGACAGUCAGCGUCUUGCAUUUACCAACAACGGCUGUAAAUAUGUCAGAUUGCGCCAGCGAAGUUGCCGAUCAACAGACGGAUCAUCACGUACACUUUGAUGCGACCACACUGAAGACUGAUGACUUUGGCUCGGACAGCUGUGUUACGUAUCAGCGCUCGGGCGAUACGAUUGUCGUCAGUCUGGGCUUUCUGCAGAUCAAUCAUCGCUAUUUGAUUGAUCUGAAUUUGCCGGUCAGUUUGUUUGGCAAUACGGGCGCGCCGGGCACCAAGUUUGUGCCGGAUGUGAGCGCCACACCGAAUCUGCAUUGCCGGAUCACGGAGUUCACGGGCACCAAGCAUGACGAGCACGAUUUCUAUGAGAUGAAAAUCGAGUUCUUUGCCUACAAGGAGAAGCUGUUGCGCGAAGUCCUCCACAUUGUUAACUCGAACAAUGCCAAGGAGCUGCUGCAGCUGGUGAUUGCGGCGCGUGUCCUGGGCAAAGGCAAGGGUACGCCCAUGCUGCGCACGGGCAUACAUUGCAUAGGCGUUGAACGGGACGAUGAUGAUUCCGAGUCCUCCGAUUUUGCGGGCUUCGAUAAGCCCUAAGGUGGACCUCAACACACACACACACACACACCCACACCCACACACACAUACAGACAUCUGUCAGUUAGUUCUGGUUUCUUAGUUAUUUGCAUAGUAUUUAAGUCAAAUAUUAUUCAUAAUCUUUAAUGUUAAUUUAUAAACAAGUACACGCAUGUAUAUUCGCAUAUAGAGGCAAAUUGUGUUAUGUGUCGACUCAUUUUGAGCACUCGACGGCAAAUGUUAACAUUUUUAAUUAAUUCAUUUAUUUGUUGUUUUGUUGUAUGCCAAUUGUCAGUGUCAAGUAUUUUGUAUGAAUGCAAAUUUUGCCAAUCACUCGAGACAAUUGUUGUCAACAUAUUCUGAAAUAUGUGCAAAACAAUCGCAUUUUGAUUGGCAAUACAAGUUUGCCUUUUGUAUUAAUUCAAGUUUAUUCGCAUAUUUCAAGCGCUUUUGUCCUGUAUUAUAUGUAACUUUCACUUGCCUCUGACAUGCUAUGUACUUAUAGAAACUCUAUAUUUAACAACUUGAGUUACAUGAAAUGCCUGAAAUGUAACGAAAGGAACCAAGUUAAAAGUUUUUCCUCGAUAGUUGUAGCUAAAUAUGUCACAAAUAUUAUGCGAGCUAUUAGUGCAGAGAGUUUUGAUGAAUAAUACUUGAAAGAUGUGAGAAUCGCAACUCGUAAUCGGCUCGUUUAUUAGAAUUCUCUGCUGAAUGCGUCCACUGUUUAAAUUUCUUUGCCUAAGAUUUAAAAGCUCGAACUACUUAUUGUACAUUCAAAGUAUUUUGCAUUUCUGUUAAA